AUGGCGCGUAAACGAACAAAGAAGAGAACCCAUAUGGGUGCCAACAAUCCCGAUGUGGAUUCUGCCGGUCAUGCAUCAGCGAAAGAUCCCAAGAGUAUGGUCAUUCGAAUUGGCGCUGGCGAAGUCGGUUCCAGCGUUAGCCAGCUUGCGGCCGAUGUGCGAAAAGUCAUGGAACCUGGUACUGCCAGUCGAUUGAAGGAGAGGCGUGGAAACAGACUAAAGGAUUACGCUGUCAUGUGUGGCCCUCUGGGCGUUACUCACUUGAUGCUGUUUUCGAGGUCAGAGAGUGGAAACACCAACCUGCGAAUGGCUUUGACACCUCGUGGACCUACCAUGAACUUUCGCGUGGAAAAAUACUCGCUGUGCAAGGAUGUGCAACGAGCUCAGAGACACCCUAAGGGUGGCGGCAAGGAGUUUAUUACUCCUCCUCUGCUGGUCAUGAACAACUUUACCCGCCCCGACUCGGAUAGCAAGUCGAAGGUUCCUAAACAUCUCGAAUCCCUUGCUACGACCGUCUUCCAAUCCCUCUUCCCUCCCAUCAACCCUCAAGCUACACCUCUCAAGUCAAUCCGACGAGUACUGCUGCUGAACCGCGAGCAAUCAGAGGAAGACGAUGGUACUUUCAUCAUUAAUUUCCGCCAUUACGCUAUCACAACAAAGUCGACCACGGUGUCCAAGCCUCUACGGAGAUUGAACGCUGCCGAGCAAUUUGUCACAUCAAAGACGAACCGAAAGGGCAAGAUGCCUAACUUGGGAAAACUUGAGGAUGUAGCGGAUUUCCUGAUUGGCGGCGAGAACGGUGAUGGUUACAUGACAGAUGCAACCAGCGGUAGCGAGAUGGACACAGAUGCCGAGGUCGAGGUUCUGGACUCUACAACCCGAAAGGUCUUAUCUGCCAAGGCUAGACAAGCAGCAGCCCAGAACGACGUCGAGGCUGAGGCGGAAGAGGAGAACGUGGAGCGCCGCGCCGUCAAGCUGGUCGAACUAGGUCCCCGAAUGCGCCUUCGACUUACCAAGGUCGAGGAAGGCCUCGCCGGCGGCAAGGUCAUGUGGCACGAGUACGUGCACAAGAGCAAGGAUGAGAUUAAAGACCUCGAGAAGCGAUGGGAGAAGCGUCGCAAGGAGAAGGACGCCAGAAAGCAAGAGCAGAAGGAGAAUGUGGAGCGCAAGAAGGCUGCCAAGGCCAAGGAUGGCAAGAAGGACGACGAUGAAGACGAGGACGAGUUUGAGUACGACAGUGAUAUGGAUGUGGACGAGUUUGACAGCGAGGGCCUUGCGGGUGAUGCCGAGUUCAAGGUCAAUGAAAAGAUGGAGGAGGAUGGAGACUGGGAGGAUGAGCAGGAGGAGAUUGCCAACAGCUGA